AUGAUAGCCAGUCGAUAUGCUAAGAGGCCUACCAAAGGCUUGCAAAUAGGUAAACUUCUUGAAUUAGUGACCUCUUUGUCUCCCAGAGACGUAGUGGAGGCAGAGGAAAUACGUCUGGAUCGUUGGACUGUUGUCAUUAAGCCAGAUCAAGUUGAGAGUGACGCACAGAAGAAGCAGCUACAGAUAGAGGCGAACGCCUGCAACACCAAUGAAGACACCAGCCGCAUUUUUGUGAUGAACAACUAUUUCGGUCUCGGCAUCGAUGCUGACCUCAAUCUUGAUUUUCACUUGGCACGAGAAGAGAAUCCCGCUAAAUUCAAUAGCAGAAUCCACAACAAGUCGGUGUACUUCAAGAUGGGUCUGCGAAAGAUGGUCAACCAGACAAAAUGCAAGGAUUUGCAUCAGAAUGUUCUCAUCGAGGUGGACGGUCGGCAGUUAGACUUGCCACCCAUAGAGGGCAUAAUCAUCCUCAAUAUCCUUUCGUGGGGCGCAGGCGCCAAUCCUUGGGGCAUGGAGAAGGAUGAGGCCUUUGCCAAGCCCACCCACUAUGACGGCCUCCUCGAGGUCGUCGGCGUCACUGGGGUCGUUCAUAUGGGUCAAAUUUUCUCUGGUCUUCGCACAGGCACGCGUCUUGCUCAGGGGGGACAUAUAAGAAUCACAUUGAAAUCGGAUAUUCCCGUCCAAGUGGAUGGUGAGCCGUGGAUUCAGUCACCGGGGCAAAUUGUUGUUCUGCGCUCAGCCCUAAAGGUAACUUCACCAUUGUGUCUUUCCCCUAUAACCUCAACUUUUUGGCGUUUCGUGGAUACGGGCGAUGGUAGCUGA